AUGUACGCCAAGAAUUCCGAAGAACACGAGUCACGCAGAGAAGGGUCUUUUGACUCAGUUAAUCCUGCUUAUGAGGAGAAGCAGCUCAACAAUGAAGUUGCGUUUGGUAAAUUUGGUGAGAAUCAGGACAACAGGAGCAUCUCCAUUGGAAGGCCCACCAGCUCUGCGAAAGGAGUUGCAACCAUCAUAUUCUCACUGAAAAAUGAAGUCGGUGGUCUAGUCAGGGCACUUCAGCUUUUUCAGGAAAAACACAUCAACCUCGUUCAUAUCGAGUCCCGCAAGUCCAAGCGGAGGAAUUCAGACUUUGAGAUCUUUGUGGAUUGCGACACUGACAAUGAACAGCUCAAGGAGCUGACUCAGCUGUUAAGGACACACACCGAUGUUGUUGAGAUUACUCCAUUUGAGAACUCCACUCUACCUGACGACAUUAUGCCUGAUGUGCCCUGGUUCCCUAAGAAGAUCUCUGAUUUGGAUCAGUCUGCGAACAGGGUUUUGAUGUAUGGCUCUGAACUAGAUGCCGACCAUCCGGGAUUUAAAGACAACAUCUACCGUAAAAGAAGAAAGUAUUUUGCUGAUUUGGCUAUGAGCUACAAAUUUGGCGAUCCUAUUCUUCGUAUAGACUUCACAACAGAGGAGGUGCGUACCUGGGGAGUGGUGUUCAGGGAGCUCAACAAGCUGUACCCGAGCCACGCCUGCAAGGAGCACCUGAAGAACCUCCCCCUGCUGACCAAACACUGCAACUACAGCGAAGACAACAUCCCCCAGCUGGAGGACGUCUCGCACUUCCUCAAGGAGCACUCAGGCUUCAUCAUUCGGCCAGUAGCUGGGUACCUCUCCCCCAGGGACUUCCUAGCGGGCCUGGCCUUCAGAGUGUUCCACUGCACUCAGUAUGUCCGCCACAGCUCUGAGCCUUUGUACACACCUGAACCAGACACAUGCCAUGAGCUGCUGGGUCACGUUCCUCUGCUUGCUGAGCCCAGCUUCGCACAGUUCUCUCAAGAAAUUGGUUUAGCAUCGCUGGGAGCUUCAGAUGAUGCUGUGCAGAAGCUGGCCACAUGUUAUUUCUUCACAGUGGAGUUUGGCCUAUGUAAGCAGGAUGGCAGGCUAAGGGCCUAUGGAGCUGGACUCCUGUCCUCCAUCAGUGAACUCAAGCAUGCUUUGUCUGACAAGGCCCAUAUCCUUCUCUUUGACCCCGUGGUGACCUGUAAUCAGGAGUGCAUGAUAACUACGUUUCAGGACGUGUACUUUGUUUCUGAGAGUUUUGAGGACGCCAAGAACAAAAUGAGGGAGUUUGCUAAGACCAUUUGGCGGCCAUUCACAGUACGCUACGACCCCUACACCCAGAGUGUGGAGGUCCUGAAGGACACCAACAGCAUCAAUAGCAUGCUGAAAGACAUCCGGCAUGAGCUGGACAUUGUAGAAGACGCCCUGAACCGACUCAACAAACACCUAUGA